AUGAUGGAUCAUGAGUUAUCCACCAUUUUUAGUGCGGAAGAUCCUACCCGAGUCUUUGUAGAUUUUCGUCAAAUUGGAUGUGGAAGCUUUGGAGCUGUUUAUUAUGCUCGAAACCAAGUUACGGGAGAAGUUGUUGCAAUCAAAGAACUUAAGGUAGAUACCAAGAGGAAAAAGUGCGAAGAAGAAUGGAAUGAUAUAGUUAGAGAGAUUAAGCUCCUCAGGACGGUUUUUCAUCCUAACUGUGUGCUAUCUAAGGGCUGCUACAUGAAAGAUCAAACACCAUGGGUAAAAACUCACAAUUGA